CCCAACCCAUGGGACGGAGCCACCAGCCUCAGCCCGCCCGCAGCUCCUCGCAGGGUCACCCAUCCCCAUCCCCUCCCCACGGCGCUCCCUGGCUGAGGGGUCUAUGGGUGGGCGCAGCCUGCGGGCGCUGGGGCUGGCGGGAUGCUCGGCCGGGCGGCGGGGCGGAACAGCUACAGCCCCUACGCUGCCGGGCGCCGCAGGACGGGGAAGGCCACCUCUCCAAAGCACUCCCUGGACUCGCUGCCCCGCUCGCCCUCCGUGCGGCUGACGGAUCUGUCCCGCAAGGACUGCCUGGAAGCUCCCAGCCCCGGGGAGCUGCCCCCCACCAGCGUCAAACUCAGCAGCAGUCCCAGUGCCGUGGGCACCCUGAAGCGCCCCACCAGCCUCAGCCGCCAUGCCAGUGCCGCCGGCUUCCCCCUCACCUCUGCCGGCCCCCGGGCCGUCCCUAAGGGCCACAAGACCCCCACAUCCUACAGCCCCAUGGAGGGUGGGGAGGGCCUUUUCAUCGACGUGGAGGACAUCUCCCAGCUGCUGACCGACGUGGCGCGGUUCGCGGAUGCCCUGGAGAACCUUCGGGACGUGGUGCUGCGCGAUGACCCCAAGGAGUCGCAGCGGCCUCAGGCCCACGAGUGCCUGGGCGAAACGCUGCGGGUGCUGCGCCAGGUGAUCAACAAAUACCCACUGCUCAACACGCUGGAGACCCUGACAGCAGCGGGGACCCUCAUCUCCAAAGUGAAGGGCUUCCAUUACGAAUCCAACAAUGAGACGGACAAGAGGGAGUUUGAGAAGGCGGUGGAGACCAUCGCGGUGUCCUUCAGCAGCACCGUCUCUGAGUUCCUCAUGGGGGAGGUGGACAGCAGCACCAUCCUCUCCAUCCCACCCAGCGACCAGAACCAGUCUAUGGAGAGCCUCUAUGGGGGGAUCCCUGGGCCUGGAGGGGAUGGUGUGCCCUCGGGCAUGGAGAGCUAUGACACAGUCCGUCCGGCGGCUGAGGAGGUGGAUGUGAUGCUGCAGCGCUGCGAGGGAGGUGUGGAUGCAGCCCUGCAGUAUGCCAAGAACAUCUCCAAGUACAUGAAGGACCUCAUCGGGUACCUGGAGAAAAGGACGGCGCUGGAAAUGGAGUUCGCCAAAGGGCUCCAGAAAAUGGCAAACAGCUGCAAGCAAACCUUCACGCAGGAGACCAGCAUGCCCUUCCUGUCCAUCUACCUGCUGGCAUUGGAGCAGGACAUGGAGUACGGCAUGUCGGUCCUGCAGACUGUCACCACGCUGCAGCACCAGACCUUCCUGCAGCCGCUGACUGUGAGGCGCCUGGAGCACGAGAAGAGAAGGAAGGAGAUCAAGGAGCAGUGGCACCGCGCACAGAGGAAGCUGCAAGACGCGGAGGUGAACCUGCGGAAGGCCAAGCAGGUGUACAUGCAGCGCAGCGAGGAGCACGAUAAGGCCAAAUAUGUGACAGUGAAAGCAGAGGAGGAGCAGCAGAGCACCGCCAGCAGCAUCACCACCAAAACCCUGGACAAGAAGAGGCGGCUGGAGGAGGAGGCCAAGAACAAGGCAGAAGAGGCCAUGGCCACCUACCGGACCUGCGUGGCGGAUGCCAACACGCAGAAGCAGGAGCUGGAGGACACCAAGGUGAACUCCCUGCGCCAGAUCCAUGAGCUGAUCAAGCAGAGCGACCAGGUCAUCAAGCUGGCCACCAUUGCCUUCUAUCAGAUCAUGCACAUGCAGACAGCGCCGCUGCCCGUUUACUUCCAAACGCUGUGCGAGAGCAGCAAGCUGUACGACCCCGGGCAGCAGUACGCCUCGCACGUCAAGCAGCUGCAGAGAGGGGAUGAGCCCGACACGCAGUACGACUUCGAGCCUUACGUGUCCCACAGCGCCUGGUCCCCCUUCACCCGCGCGCGGAAGGGCAGCUUCAACGCCAGCGACUUCUCCAGCAGCGGUGGCUCUGAUGGGGCCGGGCUGCCCAGGGAUGGGAGCAGCACAGAGGGACCCAGAGAGACCCAGGGUGGGACGCUGGCAGAGCGCAGAGCAGGGAGGGGACACCAGGUGCACAAAUCCUGGCCGACCUCCACCUCCGAAGCCGACAGCAGCCUGGAUUCCAGCACAGCAGGAGAGUUUGGGCACAAACUGCAGCGCUUGUCAUCCAAUGGCACCAUGUCCUCCAGCGAGGAGCUGGGAGAGAAGGAUGAGAACGCCACCUCCUUUGAGCAGAGCAUCAAUGGGAUCACCCCGGAGAUGACGGCUCCCACGGGGCCCUUCCGGAACGUGGGCCUGUCCAGGGCAGCUCAGACCCACCGGCUGAGGAAGCUGAGGGCCCCCUCCAAGUGCCGGGAGUGCAACAGCUACGUGUACUUCCAGGGGGCAGAAUGUGAGGAGUGCUACCUGGCGUGCCACAAGAAGUGCUUGGAGACCUUGGCCAUCCAAUGCGGGCACAAGAAGCUCCAGGGGAAGCUGCAGCUUUUCGGGCAGGACUUCCUGAAGGCGUCCCAGGGCAGCGCGGACGGCAUCCCCUUCAUUGUGAAGAAAUGCAUCUCUGAGAUUGAGAAGCGGGCGCUGAAAACCAAGGGCAUCUAUCGAGUGAACGGCGUGAAGACCCGCGUGGAGAAGCUCUGCCAGGCCUUUGAGAACGGGAAGGAGUUGGUGGAGCUGUCGCAGGCGUCCCCACACGACAUCAGCAACGUGCUGAAGCUCUACCUGAGACAGCUGCCGGAGCCCAUCGUGCCGUUCCGAAUGUACAACGCGCUGAUGGGAGCGGCCAAAGAGAGCCUGCAGGGCGGCAGCGACGCCAAAGGGAGGAGUGGGAAGGGGGGUCCGGAGCUGAUGGACAGAGGGGCCGACACCGACCGCGUGGUGGUGAACCUCGUGCUGAAACUGAAGGAGCUGCUGAAGGAGCUGCCGUGGGAGAACACGGCCACGCUGCGGUACCUCCUGCAGCACCUGCGGAGGAUCGUGGAGGUGGAGCAGGACAACAAGAUGACCUCCAGCAAUCUGGGCAUCGUCUUCGGGCCGACGCUGCUUCGGCCCCGGCCCACGGAUGCCACCAUCUCCCUGUCCUCGUUGGUGGAUUACCCCCACCAGGCGCGCGUCAUCGAGGCGCUCAUCAUCUUCUACCCCACCAUCUUCGAGGACAAAGACAGCAAACUGACCGCCGAGGGCAGCGAAUUCAGCGCGGAUCGCGAGGAGGACACCCCGGAUGAGCCCACAGCCGCUCCGUGCCCGCAGCCCCCGGGGAAGGGCGACUUGGGGUACAGCGUGGGAGCAUUCGGGGAGCCCAGCGAGAGGUCGGUGGACUCCGACUCAGAGUUGGAGGACGGCGGGGAGCCGGCGGGCAGCGGGCAGCUGAGGAAACAGGAGAGCGAAACGAGCACGGACGAAGCCCCGUUCUACGAGGAGGGCAGCGAAGGGCAGCGCAGCCGCACGUGCAGCACCGGGCAGUCGGACACGGAGGGCGCUGCGCUGCGAUGCGCUGCAGGAGAGCACAGCGACCCCGAGGAGGACCCCGAGAGCUCCGCAGCCCAACAGUGAGCGCAGCCCCGGCCCGGGCGGUGAUGGCUCGGCUGACAAAGCUCACGUUGCUGCUUGUAUGUAACAACGGGCGUUGCCCUCCUCGGCCCCCUCCCCGCUCUCCCCCACCCCCACCCCCCCGCCAUCGCACGGUCUCAGGGCUUUUUGGAUGUAUGUUUGAGCUCCAAAAUCUAUGCUGUGACGGCAGCAGGGGGAGAUGCAGGACGCCCGAACCAAGCUACAGCCCCCCUCCACCGUGAGCUUUUUGCCUUUGUUAUUUGUAUAAGGUAAACCCUUCAAUGCAAACCCACUACCUCUGCUGGCAACGGAACUCGAAGGGUUAAAGAGGACCAAAGUAUCGUUUUCAAGUUAUAAAACUUUUCUGCACUGAAGCACGGAGAAAAGAUUGAGUGUAUUUUAAGCUUAGAGAGAACUGAAAGCUGCUUCCUUCCACCACCCUGCUCAUACCCGGACUGCUCCCCACUGCCACGGCACCACGGCAGGGCCAGGAGCCCCCCCGGGCACAGUCCAUGGGUCCAAAGAAACUGCACAUAUCCGAAGUUGCUCUCUUAAACUCGGCCAGAGCAUCCCUUGGUGAAGGGCCGGGUACCACCUCGUCCUGCCUCAGUCCUCUGCUGCAGGCAGGGAGGGCGCCCACACAGACCAGGCAGUGAGGGGGGAGCUGAGACUGCAUCCUGGCCAAGGAAGCCGAGCAGAGUGGUGUCCCAGCUGGAGAUGCACUGAACUGGAAGGGUUAACAGAGCUCAUGACUGGAGGAUGAGGAUGAGGUGACGGAGCGGAGGUGGGAUCCCUUUGGAGGGUCAUCUCCACCACGAAGAGAGGGCUGAUAACGGCCACGGGGCUCUCAGAUUGGAAAAGCACCUCAACGCAACAGAUAAAAGGUACAGGAAACCAAAGUUCCAUUUACAGCCAACCGGUUUCUAACUGAGCCAAAGGAGAGCUACAGACACCUGUGAGCACAUCGGCUCCAGAGCUCCUCUCCACAGUGCUGGAUCCUUCCAGCACAUCAAUCUCACGGUAGCAGGAAAACGAGGCUGAGUGCCACCUGUUGCUACCAGAACUGCUACUGCAGCGGUACCACGUAUGUGUGCGAGGAUGGAUGAUGGUGAAUGUGAGUGAAGGAAGGGACAAAAGCAAUGCCUGAGCUUCCCAUGGUACCGAGCGCCCUUCUGUUUGUAUAUAAAUUCAGCGUGGAAAAAGGGAAAGUGUUCUUUUGUGACGUGCCUGCGCUGCUGUACGAAGCUGCGUUCCGUGUUUUGCUGUGUUCAGAUUGAUGUGCUUCCAGAAUGAAUAAAAUCCCUGUGUUCCAA